AUGAGAAUUAAGAAAAAGGGAACAUCGGGAAAUGCUAAGAACUUCAUCACCAGAACCCAAGCUGUGAAGAAAUUACAAGUUUCUUUGGCAGAUUUUCGUCGUCUUUGUAUAUUUAAAGGAAUCUACCCAAGAGAGCCCAGAAAUAAGAAAAAAGCUAACAAGGGAUCAACAGCACCAGUAACCUUUUAUUAUUUCAAGGAUAUUCAAUAUUUAUUGCAUGAACCAGUUUUAGCAAAAUUUAGAGAGCAUAAGACAUUUGCUAAGAAGCUCCAGAAGGCUCUUGGUAGAGGUGAGGUGAGUGAUGCUCAUAAGUUAGAAUCUCAUCGCCCGAAAUACACGUUAGAGCAUAUUAUCAAAGAAAGGUACCCUACCUUUUUGGACUCAUUAAGAGAUCUUGACGAUCCAUUAAAUAUGCUAUUUUUGUUCUCUAUUAUGCCUGCAACAGACAAGGUCAGUCAUAGGGUAACCAAAGAGGCUGAGAAAUUGUGCAAUCAAUGGCUUGCUUAUAUCUCCAAAGAAAGACUCAUCAGAAAGGUUUUCGUAUCUAUCAAGGGUGUUUACUAUGAAGCAAAUGUUAAAGGGCAAGAAGUAAGAUGGUUGGUUCCAUUCAAAUUUCCUGUUAAUAUUCCAUCGGAUGUGGACUUUAGAAUUAUGUUGACAUUUUUAGAAUUUUACUCGACUUUGUUACAUUUUGUUUUAUUUAAAUUAUACAAUGAUGCGAACCUUAUCUAUCCUCCAACGAUUGAUAUUGAAAAGUUAAAAGGGAUUGGAGGUUUGUCGUCUUAUGUAUUACUGUCAAAGGAACAAGGUCCUGGUGCGUUGCUACCAAAGAUGAGCAGUACAGAAAACCAAGAUCCUCAGGAAGGUAAAACCUUGUCUAAGGAAGAACUUGCAAAGGCUUUGAAAGCUGAUGAAAAAGAUAUUUCCUCAAACGAUGAAGCUGAAGUCAAUGAAGAAGAAAAUUCCAGAUUAGAUGAUUUUCUGUCUGUCAAUAAGACUUCUGGAGAUAUUUUAUUGCAACCGUCUCAAUACUCUUCACCAGCAUCUACUUUAUUUUCAAGUCUAGUAUUUUAUGUUGGACGUGAAGUGCCAUUAGAUAUAUUGGAAUUUUGUAUUUUAUCAAGUGGGGGAUCUAUUGUGUCUGAGAUCGCUUUACAAGACUUGCAAUUAAACCAACCUGAAGCAUAUAAGAAGCUUGAUUUAUCUAAUAUUACCCAUCAAAUUGUGGAUAGACCGAAAAUAACUUCAAAAGUUCCAGGAAGAACAUACAUUCAGCCUCAAUGGAUUUUUGAUAGCAUCAAUAAAGCUAAAUUGGUUCCAGUGAACGAAUAUGCUCCUGGGGAAUCUUUACCCCCUCAUUUAUCGCCAUGGGGUGACUCUGGUGAUUAUGACCCUAAUGCAAUUAAGGGAGAAACGGUAGAAGACGAAAGCGAUGAAGAAGAAGAAGAAGAAGAAGAAGAGAUCGAGGAGAAUGGUUCUUCUGGAGUUGAGACGGAUCAGGAAGAAGAAAUUGAUGAAGACCUCCAGGCUCAAAAAGAGCUAGAGUUAGAAUCAUCCGGUGUCAAAUUUUCUGAUAUUCCUGAAACUCUGUCGAAGCCCACGAAGAGAAAAGCCGAUAAAUCAAUGGAUGAUGAAGAAAAAGAAUUGAAAAAGAUCAUGAUGACUAAUAAGCAACGUAAGUUAUACAAGAAGAUGCAAUAUGGUAUAGCUAAAAAGCAGGAAAGACAAGACGACUUGAGUAAAAAGAGAAGAAAGCUUCAAAAGACGAAGGGGAAUUUGGGAAAGCUCAAUAAGUAG